AUGGCCGACAAGGACGCCAACAAACCAGCUCCGGCAUUUGCCGAGGAUAACGACGGUCUGCGCGCACCACCACUUCCACGUUCGCCACCACGAGGCCAGCCUCCACCACCACCACCUAUGGAUCAAGAGAAUCCUGUCCCACAUCAUCAUCCAGAUCGUGAUGUUCUGCUCCAACACGUAGAGCAGCUUGGUCGACAGCUUGCUGAUCUGCAGAGGCAGGUGCGUCUCGAACGAGGCAAUGCUGCUCAACCGGCUCAGGAUCCUCUGGAGCCUGCUCCAAGAGGGAGGGGCAGAGGUGUUGCUAGGGGCAGACGCAGAGCUGGGAGGUUCUUGGGGGAGAGAAACGCUCGCUAUUGGAAAGGACGUUAUUAUCAAAACAGGACUUCUCGUGGAGGAGGAGGGGCUUCCUUCAACUUCUUUUAUAGAGAUUAAUUAACUCUUCUUCUCCUUCUACGGUCCCUAUCUCACUAACUUCUUCGGUUCUCAUGAUUCCUAUUCUUCAAUACUCAAAAUAUAAGAUAAAAAGUACAAAUUAAACUGACUAGUUUUUAUGGGCUGUGACUCGUACGUGACUAGUUUUAUCUUAGCUUUAAAGUAAAAACAAAAAUGUGAUAUGAAAUAAUAUAAAAUAUUUCUUAUGAUUGAACCUGAAAAAAAUGUCAAUUAAUCUAUGUAGAGUUUAAAACGUAACUUGGUUAAAAGUUUAUUCUAAGAAAAACUUUGAAAAAUAAGAACAUGUGAUUUAAAAUAUAAAGUCUGUUAAACAUAAAAUGUGAAGGAGUUUAUGUAGAGUCUAAAACGUAACUUUGUAAAAAUAUUAUUUUAAGAAAAACUUUAAAAAAUAGGAACAUGUGAUUUAAAAUGUGAAGUAAUCAAAUAUGAAUUACUAUUUAAGUAAUUGACAACAAAAUGUGUUCAAGGAAAAAUGAAGACCAGAAGGAGAUUGUG